UCCCACUUCUCCGCAAAACUCGAGCCCUUCGUCCUCAUGGCGAAAUCCGCCAAGGGCGCAGCGGCCGCCAAGCUCGUCCAGGACGCCACCUCCGCCCCAGGCGUAUACGUCUUCGCAGAGCUGCUCGACGCCCCCGGCGUCCAAGAACUGUCGACCAGCGCCCAGCACGCCCCGUUCCACGCCCUGCUCCAGCUGUUCGCGUACAAGACCUACAUCGACUACCUCCAGCACAAAGACCAACUCCCGCCCCUGUCGCCGGCGCAGAUCACAAAGCUCAAACACCUCUCCCUCAUCUCCUUCGCAAUGGAACGCCGCAUCCUGCCCUACACGGACCUCCUCCAGGCCCUCCAGAUAUCGACGAUUCGCGAGCUCGAAGACCUCAUCAUCGACGCCAUCUACCUCGACCUCCUCCGCGGCAAGCUCGACCAGAAGGAGCAGCAGUUCGAGGUCGAGUACACCAUGGGCCGCGACAUCGAGGCGGACAAGAUUGGCUCGCUCCUGCAGGCGCUCGAAGACUGG